GUCCAUCCCCUUCCCCCAUAUCCUAGACUGCAGUUGACAUAGUUCCAAUUGGUGCUGUUCGAAUAGACUGUACUUCUCUUCAUUAGACAUUCCACGCAUACAUUCAACCCACAACCACCAAAACAAUAACCGCAAAAAAACAAAUCUCGCCAUCAUGGGUAAAUCAGGCCAAUAUGAUGGUCCAAAGUACUUUGGGUUGAGUGGUCUCGCCCUCUCUAGAAUGAUCGGUUUCGCUGCUGGUGCAGGUUUCUUGUUGUUCGGUUACGAUCAAGGUGUGAUGGGUAGUCUUUUGACUCUUCCUUCUUUCACCGAACAAUUCCCUGCUAUCGACACAACAGGUAAAUCCGGUACUUCUCAUGAAGCAACCCUUCAAGGUGCUGCAAUUGGUCUUUACGAAAUUGGUUGUUUGAUUGGUGCUCUUUCUUGUCUUUGGUUGGGUGAUCUUUUGGGUCGUCGUAGAAUCAUUUGGAUCGGUACAGUGAUCAUGAUCAUCGGUGCUGCUAUCCAAUGCUCUUCUUUCGGACUUGCUCAAUUGAUCGUUGCUCGUAUUAUUACCGGUGUUGGUAAUGGUAUGCACACCGCCACUAUCCCAAUGUGGCAAUCAGAAUGCUCUCCCCCACACAAACGUGGUAUGCUUGUCAUGGUCGAAGGUUUAUUGAUCACAGGUGGUAUUUGCAUGGCAUACUGGAUCGAUUUCGCAUUCUACUGGAUUGAUCCCUCCUCUCGCCAUGACCCAGGCACUUACAACCCUCAAGAUUACCCACACCGCUCUGCAGCUUGGCGUGUACCUAUUGCAUGGCAAAUCUUGUUGUGUAUUCCAACCUUUAUUACAAUUUGGAUGCCUGAAUCACCUCGUUGGUUGUUGUUGAAAGGACACGAUGACGAAGCCCGCCGUGUUUUGGCUUCUUUGGAUGAAUUGCCAAUCGAUGAUCCUGAAAUCGAUGCAAAGGUCAAGGAAAUCAAGAUCUCAUUGGAUGUGGCAUCCAGCAAAGGUCUUAGUGACUUGUUCCGUCAAGGAAAGGAAAAGAAUUUCCAUCGUGCUACGCUUGGUUUCGUCAAUCAAAUGUUCCAACAAAUCUCGGGUAUCAAUUUGAUCACAUACUACGCAGGUACCAUUUUCGAGAACAACAUUGGUAUGUCUCCUCUUGUCAGUCGUAUUGUGGCUGCUUGCAACGGAACAGAGUACUUUUUGGCAUCUUUCAUUGCUGUUUAUACGAUUGAACGUUUCGGACGUCGUAAACUGAUGUUAUUCGGAGCUGCAGGUAUGAGUUUAUCCAUGGUUGUUUUGGCAAUUACUACAAGUCCAGCUGUUACCCAUCCUAACGCAGCUGGAAAUGCUACCAAGAAAGGUGGACCAUACGUGGCUGCUGUGUUCUUGUUCGUCUUCAACACCUUCUUCGCUAUUGGAUGGUUGGGUAUGACAUGGUUGUACCCUGCCGAAAUUACACCUUUGUCCAUUCGUGCUGCCGCAAACGGUGUUUCAACUGCAUCUAACUGGAUCUGGAACUUCCUCGUCGUUUUGAUCACACCAAUUGCAUUCGCCAACAUUCAAUACCGUACCUACAUCAUCUUUGCCGUCUUGAACGCAGUCAUCUUUGUGGUCACCUUUUUGAUCUUCCCCGAGACGGCUGGUCGUUCGUUAGAAGAAAUGUCAGACAUUUUCGAAAAAGCAAGCAUCUACAACCCAUACGAUGUUGUCAGAAUCGAAAAACGUACUCCUCGUCGUUACGAUGAGCAAGGUCGCCCAAUCGGAUUUGACGCAAUGUUUGCCGAACACGGAUUGGCAGGACAGGAUGAACUUCGCGAAAAGGACGGAUCUGGUUCUGGUUCUGGAAAGGACGAGGCAGGUGCUGCUCACGAUACUCGGGACGCCUCAUCCCAGGGUCAUUAAAGGCAAAACACCAAUGAUCAUAGUUCACGGCUUGUCAUAGUUUAUGGCUUGCCGAAAUGAUCUCCUUUUUUUCCUUUUCAUUGUCUCUCUUAUCUCCUCUCAUUCGAUCAUCCAUUUAUAUAUCCCUUGAUCUACGCUUCCUACUCUUUCUUGAUUAGCCUCUCGUCAUUUUAUGAUUUGAGAGCAAAUCU